UGGCUGCAGGUGUUUGCGGUGCGUUCAGGGGGAGCCACCGGAGUGGUGGUCAAAGGCCCGGACGACAAGAGCAGUGUUGCCUUCAGGAUGGACGAUAAAGGAGAAGUGAAGUGUAUCAAGUUCUCCAUCGGAAAUAAGAUUCUGGCUGUUCAGAGGACGUCAAAAUCUGUGGAUUUUAUCAACUUCAUACCCGACUAUCCUCACACAGAGUUCACCCAGGAAUGCAAGACGAAGAACGCGAGUGUUUUGGGUUUCUGUUGGACCAACUGGAACGAGAUCGUCUUCAUCACAGAUCAGGGGAUCGAGUUCUACCAGGUGUUUCCAGACAAACGCAGUCUGAAGCUGCUGAAGAGUCAGAGCAUCAACGUGAACUGGUACCAGUACUGUCCAGAGACGGCUGUCAUCCUGCUGUCCACCACCGUGCAGGGCAACGUCCUGCAGCCCUUCGCCUUCAGGGUCAGCUCACACUCAUCAUCUGAAUUUAUUUUAGAUUUAUUUAUUUAG